UUCACCGCUCAAAGUCAGUGACAACAAACGCAAAUUUCUCAAGAUGUUAAGCAUCAGCGCUAGAAAUGUGGCUCGUUUAAAGCGAACCGAUGUGACUCGUGAGGUCGCAUCAUCUGCUAAGAGUUCGUCACAAACGGUUUGUUUGGAUAUCGUAAGGCGGCACGAUAGGGAAAACUUCCUCUGCACGCUGCUGUUGAGCAAUCCGCAACGACGCAGUGCGCUGGCCGUGCGUGCGUUUAACGUGGAAGUGGCGAAGGUUGGCGAGAAGGCGCGAUCCGGCCAUAUCAGCGCAAUGCCGCUGAAGUUUUGGGACGAAACUAUCGCUGGCUUGUAUCGCAAAAAUGGUACACAAAUACCACAGCAGCCCGUUAUCAGCGAGCUGGCCAGUGCAAUCAAUCAUCAUAGGCUUUCUAAAAUGCACUUUCAGCGUCUGGUACGGGCUAGGAUGAACACGAAGCUUAAUUUCGUGAGUGUGAAGCAACUGGAAGACUACGCGGAGCAGUCUGUCUCGAGCGUGCUAUAUUUGCUACUCGAGAUGCAUGACACGCGCAACACACACUGCGACCACGCCGCAUCGCAUCUCGGCAAGGCGCAGGGAAUCGUUAAUCUACUCCGAUCGAUACCGUACCAGGCGCGGCACAACAUGAUGCCGGUACCACAGGAACUGCUAAUCAGCCACGGCGUUAGUCAGGAACGGAUGAUACGCAACGGACGGAACGAUCCAGGGGUCAAGGAAGUCACAUAUAGCUUGGCGAGCGUUGCCCACCAGCAUCUGGCCAAGGCGAAGAAACUGAUGGAGACGCUACCGCGGCAGAUAAAACCAAUCUUUUUGCCUGGUGUAGUUGUCGAACGAUUUCUGAACCGAUUGCGACUGGCAGACUUCGAUAUCUCCAACCCACGGGUGACGCAGACCGAUUCCUUGCUACCGCUAGUGCUAUAUUGGAGAAAGUUUCGGGGAAAUAUCUGAGCACGUAUCGUGCUCAAGUGAUCUAAACUAAACUAACGAAUUAGUAAUAUUGUAUUAAAAAAAAACUACAAAAAAGUGAAGUUGCAAAAGUAAAAGAAAAAUCACCUUUAUUUCCCGAUUACAGAAAAAGAGAUAAAAAUAAGAUGGUGUGCUUCACCGGGACGUGUUCGACCCCGGUUGUUACAAUUGCGUUAGCUGGGCCAGCAAACCGUUUUGAUGCUCCAGCAGUUUCUCGUUGUCAACCUUGUAGUGAUGCUCGCAAAACUCUUCCAUUCGCUUCACAGCCUCGAUAAUCAUCUCUUCCGGUACGGUCAACACAAGACGGAUGUAGUUGGGGUAAUCGAAGCACUGCCCCGGCAGGCAGAAGACGCUCUGCUCGCGCACCAGCGCUUCGACAAAGUUCAAAUCUGUUUCGAACUCCGGAAAGUGCUCGAUGUCGAUUCCGACCAUCAUGUACAUAG